AUGGUGCGGAAAAAGAUACAUCAUCCGGAAAUGCGUACGACGUAUCUUUUGAAGCCCGGGCAGACGCUCGAGAACACUAAAGUGUCUGAAAGAACUCGGGCGUUAAUAGUGACGAAGGACACCUUUCAGCGUUUCACCUUUCAGCGUUUCGUGGAUUAUACUACGGAAGAGAAUAGAAUAGCGGCCCAGCAGGAAAAGGAAGCUGCAAAAAUUGCAGCGUUGAAAAAGGCGACUUACGAAAAAAGUAAAUCAUGGGACAUCACAAUAGAAAACAUAAAGGCGAGACAGAAGAAAGAAUUAUUGUCAAAGAGACAAAAGUCCGAGGAGGAGAGGAAAAUGUUCGUCAAGGAAAUGACGGAGAAGAAGGUGGCGGAGCGUGCUGAGGUGGUGCAGCAAGCAAGAAAAUUGCUCCAGCAAAAGAGACCUUUGUGUCGACAGAUUAAUCGCGCUCUCCUCGUCUCCGAGUGUCUCAGGGAGCUGGAUGCCCAAGUGGCGUUUCAAAAGACUAUUAGAGCGAUAGACAAAGAACAUGAUGUAAGAUAUGCUAAUUCGAUUAAGACGGACGUUGCAAAAUAUGAGGAGCAAAAGAGACAAGAAACGGAGGAACGAAUGAAGAAAAUCAAGAAUUACAGGACUGCAUUGAAAAAACAGAUCGAAGAGAACGAACGGGAUAAUAAGCUGAAAGAAGCGGAGGCGUUGGAAACUGAAAAACAGGAACAAAGAAACACGACUCGAGAUAUGCAGCUUACGAAAGAGAAAGAGAUGCAAAAUCUAUUAAAUAAAAAGAAGAGACUCCAGCAAUUUUUCAAGGAAGCGAUAGAAGAGAAGAAACGAUUCGAACUGGAAUUAAAGCACAAUGAAGAGUCGGAAGAUCGGGCGUUAGAAAUUAGUCGAGAGGCUAAAAAUCGAAUACAGAAAAUGCAUAAAUCAUUGGCGCUAAAAGAAAAGAAAGAGAAAGCGCGUCGUUUGCAGAUUAUAGCGGAACAACAUGUUUCAACCGAGCAAGCUCACGAGGCUAAAGAGCAAGAAAUCUUGAAAAAAGCUAUCGAAGAGAAAGAGGCAGCUGAAGCGGAAAAGCGAAAAGCGCAAAAGGAACGAGAAGAGAAGAUGCGCGCUCUCAUGGAGGAAUAUAAGCUUCAUGACGCGGCUGUCAAGACGAAGCAAAGACAAGAGGAAAAGGACCUAAGAGCUUGGGAGAUGAUGCAAAGAUUUAAGAGAGAUGAGUACGACAAGCAGACCGAUUUGGAAGAUCGGAAGCAACAAUGGCAACAAAAACUGGAAUAUGGAAAUGAAUUGCGGAAAGAUUUUGAGGAAAAGGAACGAAUCGAAAAAAACCGUGAAAAAGAAAUUCUCGAAGUCGAAGCCAUUAAAGCAGCAAUUGAGAAAGCCAAUCAAAGGAUUUUGCUUUAUGGCAACGAAGUUUUAGAAGAGUCGAAGGGCGUGAGACCGCUUUAUCCGAUUGUCAAAGUUAUAGAGGAGAUUAAAAAGGAAAUGGGGUUAGCGCCAAACAAGAAAAAAAUCGGAGAGUCAACCGUCAAAGCGGAACGACCGAGAAGAAAAUACAGAGGCCGUCGCUGCACUUGUCCGAAACCUGUUCCGGUCGAUCAAAUAUAUUAUUUGCAGUAAACUGCCGUUUGCAAUAAACGGCGUUAAUUUGUAAGUCGUCCGUCCGCAAUUACCAGGCCACCCGUCCGAUCAUUAUAUCAUUUAUUUGGGACGCUACCCGAGUCAUUUUCGCGUCACACGGUCAAGUCUGGUGCGUUUUGACUCACGCAAAAAUCGGUAUAAACAAAGUAAUCCACGCCAAGACGAAAUUUACCAGCAAUUUACGAACAAAGAAUUUACCAAGUUGUGAAAGUUCGAGCACUCUCACGGCUCCUUAUUCCAGUGGGCACUCGUUAUACGUCAUAAAACAUUAUAGUCCUUUCUCGAGCAAUUAAAUAAGUCGUCCGAAACAGGUUUCCUUGAAAACACGUUUCGUAUCACGUGCACGUUCAAUUAACAAAACACAUAAAUUAAUAUGAACGUAUUACCAUGUAACAUGAUUCAGUAACAUAGCAUGCUUUUAAUGUGAACUAAUUUCUCAUAUGAACGGUUAUAAAAUAUGAUUCUUCGUGUAAGCAAUACUUGAUGUAUCAAAUCCUUAUAUCAGAAUAAAUCAAUCAUUUAAAAUGGCAAACAA